AAAAAAAGUGAAUAGCACCCUCUUUUUUUCUCAAUGGAGGAUUAGCAUUGAGAGUUAGUUCAUGCUAGAUCGUCGGUAGGCAAUAGAUCGUUAGCAGAAACGGUGAGGGUUUUAGAGGAACCUCUGGCGCCCAAGGUACACAUUCACACGAUUGCCUUAAGGGUUUCGCGCUCACAGAUUGUUUAAUGGAUCUAAUAGAUCUAGUAGAAAGUCAUUUCGAAAAUCAGCUGACUUCGUCUAGCCCGGCAAUAUUCUAUCGGUAUUUGAUUAAUCGAAAUAUUUAAGUUGUAGUGAAUCGUAACGGGUUUAGAUAUAUCUUGUACAAUUAUAAAAAGAUAAGAAAAGGUCUUGUAAUUCGUGCAAGUCUUUUGUUAGAAUUUUCCUUAGUUCUUUAUUUUGAGCACUCGAAAAAACAUUCGAAAGUCAAUUACUAAAUCCAAAGAAAAGAGAUUUUUACUUCUGUCUUUGUCCGCGUUCUACCUGAAAUAUUUUAUGUCCGAAAUUCGAAAUGUCUUGAAUGGUAACAUGUAUAUGCCUUUACAUUGUUCUGAGGAAAAUUACAGUAGCGAGGUUAAAAAGUAUUCAUUUUCCAUUAUCUUAUCCAUUCAUAAUCACUGCAAAACUCUGAUAGCUUCUUAAUGUGGCAUUUUAUAAAUUUUUGUAAUGUAGCGCAAACUUUUAGUAUGAAAAUUCGAAAUUCUGUUCGAAUUCUUCGACCAUAAACAAUAUCCUCUAUAUAGUUUCGUCCUUUUCAGGAUUUUGUGAUUUUGACUUUCGUGAUUUUGAUCUUUUCGACCUUUUGGCCUUUUUGGAAUUUUGGGUUUUCGAUAUAUUGGCGUUUCAGGAUUUUGGCGUUCAGGACUUUGGUCCUUUCGGGAUUUUAGCCCAUUCCAGAUUUUGGCUAUUUGGGAUUUCGUCCAAUUCAGAAUUUUGGCCUUUUCAAGAUUUUGACAUUCGAGAUUUUGGCGUUUUAGAUUUUCGAAAUUCGGACUUUUAGGAUUUUGGCUUUAAGUGAUUUUGACUUUUUCGUGAUUUUGUUCCUUUUCGAGAUCUUGGCGUCCACUGCCGGGAUUUGGGCUUUAUGGGAUUUUGAUUCAUUUGGGAUUUUCGCAUUUUCGGGAAUUUGACGUUUUAGAUUUUGGCUUUUCGUGAUUUUAGCUUUCGGAAUUUAGACGUUUUGGUAUUUUGAUCCAUUAUGGAAUUUAGGGUUCGAGAUUUUGGUUUUUCGGGAUUUUGACUCAUUUGGGAUUUUGGCGUUCGAGAUUUUUGCUUUCGGGAUUUUGGUUUUUCGAGAUUUCGACCCGAUCGGAAUUUCGGCUUUUCAGGAGUUUGGAGUUUUGGGAUUUUGAUUUAUUUGGGAUUUUGACGUUCGAGAUUUACGUUUUGGGGAUUUUGGCUUUGCCGGAUUUUGAACCAUUCGGAAUUUUGGCCUUCUCGAGAUUUUGACGUUCGAUAUUUUGGCUUUUCAGAAUUUUGGUGUUCUAGAUUUUGGUUUAUCGGGACUUUGACUUUCUGAGAUUUUAAUCCAUUUGGGAUUUUGACCUCGGAAUUUUGGCUAUUCGGGAUAUUGUCAUUUUCUGGAUUUUGACGCUCGAAAUUUUGUUUUUACGGAAUUUUGGCGUUCAAGAUUUUGGCUUUUCGGAAUUUUGAUUUCGCAAAUUUGACUUUUCAGGAGUUUGAGCAGCACCGAAAAUUUUUGUUUUUUAGGAAAAUAUUUUAUAAAAAUUCUGAUAAUUCUCAAAUAUCUAUGAAAACUUUCAAGCUAAAAGGUUUUCGUAUAACAAUACCAAUUUAUUCUUGAUUUCAAACUUGUCAAAGUUAUAAAAAUCUUACAUAGAUUUUUAAUUUGUGAACUUAUUCGAAAUUGCAAAUCCUUGUAAAAAUUAUGAAGAAGAAAUAAACCAAAUGACUAAGAUUUUGCCAUUAAAUAAGCACAAGAACUUAUGAACAGACUCAAUGUGUUUAUUUGUUUGAACAUAACAUUUUGAUUACUCAAUCAAAAUUUUAAGAGAUUUUGGUGAUCCAACGGACAGUCUUUGGAUCUUUGGCUAUUUUCUUUCACGUGCAUUAAGUUCCGUUUCAUGCAAAUGUAAAAAAAAUCAAAUAUUUAUACCGUGAAUUCUGUUUAAUACAACACGUGUUUCCCACAACACUUUAAAUAUUCAGCAGACUUUCGUAUGGCAUUUUCUUUUUUUUUCUUUCUUCAAUUCAAUUGACUGAGAAUUUUUUGUUGUGUCGGUUUCUUGAACAAUUUGCAAAGUAGAUGCAUAAAAUAAUUUAGUUUGGAAGCAAUUUAGUUAAAAAGAAUUAGAGGUUUUAUGGGAUUUUGGAGGGUGUCUGCAAUACAUAAAAUAAAGGAAAACUUAAGUAAGUUAAAGAGUAAAAUGCAUCACGUUGUGGGGAAUCCUCAUGAAGGAAAAUAGGGGGUGGCCUUUAAUGAGGAAUUUUUCUACGGAUUCACUGUGACUCUGGGCGUCAUAUUUGACCUUUUUCAAGUGUAUAUGAUAUUUUUUUUUGUAAAGUGCAGAAAUAGAGAGAGACAUUUUUUUAAUCAUUGAGAGAUAAGCAGUUGAAGGUGUGCAAGUGAAACGUACAUUUUCAAAGUGUGUUCUCUUUGUAAAUAGAUUUUCUUUGGCAUUAGCUUCUGUUUUACAUUAAUUUUUAUUUAAAAUAAUUUUUCUGAAGGAUUUUGUGUUUGCUUCUUGCUUGGAAGAUUAUAAUUUUAUUUCAUUUUCAAAUUUAUUUUUCUUUUAAGUUUUUAUUUAAUUAAUACAUAGCAGUUUAGUGAAGUUUGAAUUGUAUGGAUUUUAAAUUUUAUUUUCAAAAUCUCUUCUUUUGCCUUCCAUUUCUUGGACUAUUCCUUAAAACUCUAUAUUAAAUAUUAGAAUAAAUAAGUUAAAAAAAAGACUAUAGGGACUAGGAAAAAAUUAUCAAUAAUUUAUUACAACAAAACAACUAAUUGACGAAUGAAAAUGUGUGAUUUAUUCAUUUCAUGUACCCGUAGCUUGCUUUUGGACAAUUCUAAAACUCUGUCUCUAUAAAACAAAUAAAAAUCUCUCAAGAAAACAUAAAAAAUGAAAAGGCAAAAGGACGAUAUGCAAGUGAACGUGGCGGGUAUCAGGAGGAAUAUCAAAAAUUUAGCGCACAAUUAUUCAGAUGCUCAGGUAAAAGUGCGAGAGGCAACCUCAAAUGACCCAUGGGGUCCCUCGGCGACUCUCAUGGCAGAAAUUGCCGAUUUGACAUACAAUGUUGUGGCCUAUUCUGAGAUCAUGGCGAUGAUCUGGAAGCGCCUCAAUGAUCAUGGAAAAAACUGGCGUCAUGUGUACAAAGCUUUAAUCCUACUGGAGUAUUUAAUCAAAACGGGCACUGAGAAGGUGGCUCAGCAGUGCAAAGAGAAUGUCUUUGCCAUUCAGACUCUGCGAGAGUUUCAGUAUUUGGAGGAGGGCAAGGAUCAGGGACUUCAUGUGCGUGAAAAGGCCAAGCUCCUGGUGUCCCUGCUCAAGGAUGACGAACGCCUGAAGAAUGAACGCACGAAGGCGCUCAAGGCAAAAGAGAGAUUUGCCCAGCAUGCAAGUGGGUUUGGGAGUGAUGGGUCUAUUGAUGGUCCGACACAUCGAGGAGAGGGUGCCGGAUGGCAUGAUCCAUCCGAUCCGCGUCCAGCAAAUGCGAAUGACAUUGAGUUUGUGAGGCCGCAGACGGUGGGUGAGGAGGAACUGCAGCUGCAGCUGGCGAUGGCCAUGUCGCGAGAGGAGGCCGAACAGGAGGAGGCUAAGCGACGCAGCGACGAUGUCAGGCUCCAAUUGGCGCUUAGUCAGAGCGAACAGGAUUUCAAGUCACAGAAGGAUGGUGGAGCCGUUGGAGGAGCUUCGGCUUCUGCACCUAAACAGCAACAGAGCCAUCUGAUGGACUUGCUGGAUAUUUCACUGGGCGCUACUAGUAUCUCAAGUCCUCCUGGACCUGCUGAUCCUUGGGCUAUGCCCCAACCCCCCUCCACACGUCCCCCAGCCGCUCUCCCUGGUGAUCCGUGGUCCAGAACCUCCUCCCCUCCCGUUGACCCAUGGUCUCCUGUGGCUGGAGCUGCAGCUCCUCCCCCGAAGCCCGACGGCUGGCUGUCGCGCAAUGAAUCACCAUCCGUGGCCUCUGGAUCCUCCAACGAAGGCUGGCUCAAUAAUCCACAGCCAACAGCAACAUCCAAUGGCAAUCUGUCCAGCAGUGAUCCAUGGAGUGCCAAGAAGGCACCUGUAAGUGAUCCCUGGGGUGCAAAUGGUGGUGGACAGGAGAAAAUGCCACCUCCAGCUGAUCCAUGGCAGACGCACAGAGACACUUCCAAUUCCAACAGCGAUCUAGCCACCAGCGUCGAUCCAUGGUCACCGGCUCACAAUAAAGUACCCCCAAUGGGUGCUAGACCGAGUCCUGUGGGCGCCAUCACAUCACCAUCAUCCGAUCUGGAUGAAUUCGAUGUCAUCACAAAUCGCACCAAGAGCGCCACAAAUGGCACCAACAACAACAACUCGUCUCUUCUGGAGGAAAUGGAUCCACUUUCAUCGUCAAACAGCAAACCCCCACUGAAGACGCCGCAAUCGUUCUUAGGUGAAAAUUCGUCGUUAGUGAAUUUGGAUAAUUUAAUCAAACUACCAGUGCCCAACACAGCAAUGAGUCACAAUAAUCCCUACAAUCCCUUCAGCGAUGUCGUCGGAGGGGCGCCUCAGAAGAAUGCUUUUCAGCAAAAUCAACCGGUUCCGUCCAUAAAUCAGUUAAAACAGUCUCCGUUUCCAAUUUCAAUAAGUCAAGACCCUUGGACACCUGUUAGCAACUCCACUAACAAUUCACAGCAAUUUGGCAAUCCAUUCAAUGAUGAUGAAUUUCUUCAACUGAGAAAUCAGCCAGAAAAAUCAGCGAUUAGCAACAACAAUUGCUAUAAUUUCUAUGAAAAGUUCACAAAUGAUGGUCCAAUUGAGAAUGAGGACAGCGAUCAGGAUAAUUUCUACUUUAGUAGCACUAGAUGCAAGAAAUUCAAUAAUAACAUUGAGAAUUAUUUUUCUAACAACAAUAUGCCAUGGAGGAGCAAUGAGACGACAACAUCUUCAAAUCCCUUCUUGUCGUAAGUGAAAAAAAAAGAUCCUUUAUAAAAGAAAACAGAGUUUUAAAAAACAAUGAAUGAGAUAAAUAUUGUAAAUCCUACAAAAAAGGAACUCACACAGAAAAUUAUUAAGUGGUUUUUGCAGCAAUUUUAGAAUUUUACACGCGUUUAAAACCCAUCAUUGAAAGUAUAAAAACAAACAACAUAUUUUUUAAUUCAAAGCUGAUAAACUUUGCAAUUCACACGCUGAACAUUGUGCGAUUUCUAAAUAUUUGAUCCCAGCUAAAUCGAUGCUAUGAAAAAGGUUUUUUUUUUAAAUUAUUUAAAUGACAAACAUUUAUUUCUUUUUUCGAUAAAUGUUUGAGAAGAAAAAUGAAAAAAAACAACUAUUAAGAAUAAAAAGAAUGUUUUGCUAUUUACAUCCUAAAAAUUAUAUAUAUAAAUGAAGAAAAAAAAACAAUUAUUGCCUGAAAAAAAAACUAAAAUAAAGAAUGAUUGUAGAAAUGAUUUUAAAGAGAGAUAAAAAAAAACAGUGUGAGUUGAGAGAAAGAGACAAAAAAUAACUAAAAUAGUAGAUUUUUAUACAUUUGAAUGAGCGUAAGAAAAAAAAAUUAUUGACUUUGAUAAUUUUUUUUUGUUUUUUGGGAGAAAAGAACGAAAGCGAGAGAGAUGAUGGACAAAAAAAAUGAGAUACUUUGUAAAAUUAUUCACACAGUCAAAUUCAAAUUUUUCAAGAAAAAAAACUUUAAAAAAGUAACUUUUAUCGAAGAUUCACUGAUAAAAAAAAUCGAGAUUGAUUUUCUAUUACCUUUUAUUUUUUUUGUUCUUCAAAUAUUUAAUAAUUAUUUCUUUUUUUAUAUUAUUGAUGAAUAUUUUCUUUUUUUUAAAUAUUUUUUUUUUCAUGUAGACAUAACGAAAAAGAUUUAUUGAAAAAAAACAAUAUUACUGUUUAGUGUGUAAGAGAGAAGGAUGUUACAAUGAAAAAAAAAGAAAACUUCAAAACUAAUCCAUAAUUUUAUUCUCUAAUUUUACAAAAUUUAAUUAAUUUAAUAGUUAAUGAUUUUACUGCUGAAAAAAAUGGUGAAUAUAAAUGAUUACUAUAUACAGACAAAA